AUGUACAUUCCCCUGGCUAACGGUAAGACGAGGCUUGGCAAGCCAAUCUUCGUCUGGUCAGCAUCCGGUAAGGCUGGCCUGCCAAGUGCUUACUGUAAGAUGCGCGAGUGCCGUUGCCAAGUUCUCUCCGACGUCAUCUUCGACGCAGACGGCAAUGGAAAGGAGGUUGGCGGCAAAGAAGAUGGGCGAUAUCAAGGCUGUGUUAACGAGAGUGUGGCACAGCGUUCCAUCGAGGCAGGGACUUUUGGAACACCAAUUCUUCGCUGUUACUAG